AAGUGUCAAUUUCGUAGAUUUGGCACAUGGCAUUUGUCAAAAGUCAAAACCAUGUGUUGAUGUUCGGAUUUGUAUUUUGUUGAUGAAAGAUUAAGUAACCUCAAUCCUAAAAAGUAAAACUAAAAAUUUAUUAACAAGUAGGGUGCAGUAAUUGUGUUUAAAGAUGGCAAAAGUGAAAAAUAAGCGAAACGCUGGAUUAGCCGAUAGAGUACAUAAGAAAAAAGCUGAUCCAACUAAGAAAAAGUUAAAUCCAUUCGAAGUUCACAUUAACAGAGAGAAAAUUAAAGUUUUGGGUAAAAAAUCAAAACAUGAUCGUGGCUUACCGGGAGUUUCUCGCGCCAAAGCCAUCCAAAAGCGUAAAGAAACUCUAGGUACCGAAAUGAAGUUGAUCAACAAAACGAACACAUUCAUUGACCGUCGUAUAGGAGAAAAGAGCAACAACCUAUCGGCUGAAGAUCGUAUGAUAGCCAGGUUCGCUGCGGAGAGGGCUAAACAACAUACCAAGAAGAGUAUUUAUAAUUUGGCUGAUGAUGAGGUUUUGACACAUAGAGGUCAAACGUUAGAACAAAUUGAAAAGUUUGAUGACCCCAGAUCUGAUGAGGAAGAUGACGAAGAUAAACCAUUUGGUGGUUUAGACAAUGAUUUUGUGUCAGAAGGCCACUUUGGUGGAGGCAUUCUAUCAAAAACGGAAUCAAGAGAUGGCGCCAAAUCGCACAAAGACUUAAUAGAACAACUGAUAGCGGAAUCCAAGAAGAGAAAAGCGGAAAAACAGAAGGAGAAAGAACAGACCCUGGAUUUGACAGAGAAAUUGGAUAGCGAGUGGAAAGAUCUACAACCAGUUGUGUUUAAGAAGAUAAAAGAAGACUCGUUGAUUGAUAAGUUGCUGAGUAAAGCAGAUGCCGGACAGGAUUAUGACAAAAUGAUGAGAGAGUUAAAAUUUGAUAGACGGGGAACUCCAUCCGACGCCUUAAAAAGUACAGAGAAGCAAAAGGAAGAAGAAAGAAAGAAACUAGAAGAGCUGGAGAAGCAGAGACAAGCGCGGAUGUUGCCGGAGGAUGAGGCUCAGCAGAAACGGAUGCAACCAACCGUAAAGCAUAGGUCAGCUGAUGAUUUGGAUGAUAAUUUUGAGUUAGAUGACGAAAAAGAAAUUAUGUUGGCUUAUGACAAGGAUGGGAAACCUUUAGUGCCUGAACAUAUACUGAAAGAUUAUAAUGUACCAAAAGCCAGAAAUACAUUUGAUGAUGGUGUGUCCGAUACAUCAUCUGAGGAUGAAAAUGAUGAAGAUGGUGAAGAAGAUGAAGAUGAUGAAGAAAAUGUAUCAGAUGAUGAAGAAAAUAAAGUUAAUGGUGAUGUUAGCGAAAGUGAUGAACAAAGUGGUGAGGAAAAUGAUGAAGAUAAAGAAAACAGUGAAAAGAGUGACAAGGAAGAUGAAGAAAGUGACGAUGAUGAAACAACUGUUACACCUAUAAAGGAGAAAAAUAAAAGCAUAGAACACAAAAAAGAAAUUAAUCGUAAAAGAAAAAUGUCAAACAGUGAUACAGUUACGAAAAAAGCCAAAGGUGAUGAGCCACCUGUUGAAGUUAUUGAAAAUCAUAUAAAUGAGAAUUAUGAGAAUCGCAAGAAAGAAAGUACUACUAUUAUUGGUGAUGAGUCGGAUGAAAGUGAUGAAAAGGAAAAAAGUGAUGAAGAUCAAAAAAGUGGUAAAAUUGUUGAAAAAAUCGACGUAAAAAGUGAUGAAGAUGGUGAAAGCGAUAAAGAUGAUGAUGACGAUGAUGAUGAAAGUGAUGGUGAUAGUGGUGAAAAUGAUAAAGGUGAAAAAAGUGACGAGGGUGAAGAAAAUUCGGAUGAUGAAAAAUUCGGUUCAGUGUUUGAAUUGAAGUCGGCGGAAGGUGAUAAAUUAAGGGAACUAUUAAGUGGAAAAACGCCAUCACAGCAAUCGACAGCCUUACAAAAAUUGAUAAAAAGUUAUGAUCCCAGUUUAUCAGAAAAUAACAAAGAGAUCCUCAGUCGACUUUUCGCUCAUUUACUUCAAUAUGUUAACGACUUAUUCACAAAUCUCAAGGAAGAAGGCGAUGUUAUAAAGGCUUUCUUAAUUUUCGACAAACUCGCUCCAUAUUUCUAUGACUUAAUACACAUAAAUAAAGUGUCGACAAAGAAAUUCAUUGCCGAGUUAUUGAAAGAAAAGUACGACGCCUACAAAAAGAAUUCCAGGAAAAUGCCCGAUUUAGACACUUUGAUAUUUUUCAAAUUAAUUUCGUUAUUAUAUCCCACAUCUGAUUUCCGGCAUCCGGUCACGACGCCAUCUUUAGUUUUCAUGACCAACAUUUUAGCUGAAUGCAGAUUCAAAGACGCGUAUUCGGUUUCUCGAGGUCUAUUUAUUGUAGCUUUAAUUUUAGAAUACACAGUUUUGUCGAAACGAUUCGUUCCUACCGCGGUUAACUUUUUAAGAGGCAUUUUUUAUCUGUGCGCCAAUACGUCAGUAUUAAAUCCCAUUCAAGUUGUACCUCCUUUUAGAUUGCAUAAAGAUGUCAAAAUUUUAAAUUUGGAUCAGGAUUGCGCCAAAAUGAACGUCAAUGAGAAAAUGGCGGCAAAAGAUUUGGUCGCACAGGAGAUAGACGAUAGUUUUAGGAUAAAAUGUUUGUCGACUUCCAUAUUAAUGCUAAGGGAAUUUUUCGAUAAUUACAUAGAAAUGGAGGCAUUAAAGGCUAUUUUCGAGCCGCAUAUGCAGUUGUUAGGUCGUAUUGAUUUAGAAAUGUAUCCUAAGAAAGUUGCCAGUAUUGUAACGAAGGUUUUGCAACACAUGAAGGAAACUUUAGAGACAAAGACGUAUACACUAAUGGCGAAAGAAAAAGUGAGGCCCAAAGCGCUGAGGUUAUAUGAACCGGAUAUCCAGGAAGUUUUCACUGGCAGCAAGUCAUCAAAAUUAUCACGUGAAAACGCAGAAAGGGCUCGAUUAGAGACUAAAUAUAAGCGGGAAAUGAAGGGAGCUUUGAGAGAAAUUAGGAGGGAUAAGGCGUAUAUAGCGUCUGUGAAGAUACGACAGAAGAUUCAGAGCGACAACGUAAGGAAAGAGAAGGUGAAACAGAUCUACAAAGAUGCUGCGAUACAACAGGGAGAACUGAAUAAAUUGAAACGAAUGAAAUAAUGUUUGUAAAUAUUUAUCAGUGACAAUAAAAUUAUUA